UUCGAAACCCUCAUCGAGCCUCCAGCUCCACAACAUCACCCUUCCCUCACCCUCCACUUCCAUAUAUUUUUAUUUCCAUAAAUAUAAAAGUAUUUAAAAUUCAUUUCUAUAAAAUUUUAGUAUUCUCGUAAAAUUAAAAUGUCUUACUUUUUUCCAACCAGGAGAUUUCCGUUGCUAUAUGUGUCAUUUUCAUUCUUACAAGUCACUUCUUCAUUGGUUGAUACAAUUUCUUGGGUUAAUCCCCCUCCCCCCAAAACCGCCACGAAGAAGAACACGAGGAGGGAGAAAGAGAAAGUGUUUGCGAGGGAAGUCACGUGUAGAUCUGGUGGCGUAUGGGUCAGUGGCGUGCGGUGACGGCACAGAAGAUGGUGCUGGAUGGUGCGGUGUGUGUGCGGUGGAGGAGGUUGUGUAAGCAGUGGCGCGACGCGGAGGAGACGGGAUAGAGUGGUUGGUCGGGCGGUGACUGGGGCUAUAGUGGUGAUGGCGCGGGCGAUGGUGAAGCGGUGUUGUUUGCCGGCAGAAAAGAGAAAAUUAAGGAUUUGAUGUGUUGAAUGAAACAAUGGAUUUUGAUGAGUAAAUCUCAGCCGUUUUGUUUUAAUCCAAGGGUGCACAUUAAUUAAACUUGACACUCUCCAAUUGCAUGCAAAUCGAGAGGAUUUGUCUCCGUGCUUGAAUGGGGUUCGAAGAAGAUUAAGGAAGAGGGAUAAAAAAUUUGUGGCAGUUUUUUUUUUUUUCUUUUUACAUUUGUGAUUGAUGAUUUUUAAUCCUCAAAAAUCAUAUUUUAAAAUUUAAAUUAAAAAUCGAAGACAAAAAAAUGAAACAAAAUUUUACUGGACUAAAUCUAAAAUUUUUCAUAUUUAUGAUCGGAUGACAUGGUAGAUGAAAGUCACGUGAUGUGGAGCCGAGUGAAGAAUGACAACCCGGCGAAAGCUUGGUGGUGUGCCCGGUCGUAUAUAUUUGUUUUGCAACACACCAAAAUAACCGACGGUUACAAGAAUGUUCCUGCUUCCACUCCAUCAAAUCCAAACCAUAAUAAUCAUAAUGCAUGAGAGAGAGAUUUCAUUCCUCCAUUUUCUCUCUAACCAUCAUUUUCUUUUCUUUUAGCCUAAAAUAAUUCAUCCUUCUUUUUUAUUAUUUCUAUAUUUUUAUUUAUUUAUUUUUUCCAUCGGAGCUGCAUUUUCCUCUUCCUUUUUUUAUGUUUUUUGAAUCCGAUCGAUGAACGCAGCUUCUUUGUUUGUAGAAUUUUUGGCAUUAAAUGAUCGGAAUUCGGCGUUGGGAUUUGCUUAGGGUUUCAAAAACUCUCUCUCUUUUAAAAAUUGUUUUUUGAAUGGAACCUCGCGUUGGGAAUAAGUUUCGGCUUGGCCGUAAGAUUGGUAGCGGAUCGUUUGGAGAGAUCUAUUUAGGUACUAAUAUUCAAACUAAUGAAGAGGUUGCAAUUAAGCUUGAAAAUGUCAAGACAAAGCAUCCUCAGUUGCUAUAUGAGUCCAAGUUGUACAGAGUUCUCCAGGGAGGAACUGGAAUUCCAGAUGUUAGAUGGUUUGGAGUGGAGGGAGAUUACAAUGUUCUAGUGAUGGAUCUGCUUGGACCUAGUCUUGAAGAUCUAUUUAACUUCUGCAGUAGAAAGCUCUCACUAAAGACAGUUCUCAUGCUUGCUGAUCACAUGAUCAACCGUGUUGAGUUUGUUCAUUCUAAAUCAUUUCUUCAUCGGGAUAUCAAACCAGAUAAUUUCCUCAUGGGCUUGGGAAGGCGGGCAAACCAGGUUUACUGUAUUGAUUUUGGUUUGGCCAAGAAAUAUAGAGAUAGUUCAACCCAUCAACACAUUCCUUACAGGGAAAACAAGAAUUUAACUGGGACUGCUAGAUACGCGAGUAUGAAUACCCACCUUGGCAUUGAGCAAAGUCGAAGAGAUGAUUUGGAGUCUGUUGGUUUUGUCUUGAUGUAUUUCUUGAGAGGAAGUCUCCCUUGGCAAGGACUUAAAGCAGGAACAAAGAAACACAAGUACGAGAGAAUCAGUGAAAAAAAGGUUUCUACCUCAAUUGAGGCCUUGUGUCGAGGUUAUCCAACAGAAUUUGCAUCAUACUUCCAUUACUGCCGCUCAUUAAGGUUUGAUGAUAGGCCAGAUUAUGCUUACCUCAAAAGAAUAUUUUGCGACUUGUUUAUUCGUGAAGGAUUCCAGUUUGAUUAUGUGUUUGAUUGGACAAUCUUGAAGUAUCAGCAAUCACAGCUAGCUGCUCCUCCAGCACGUGCCAUUGGUCCUAAUGUUGGAACUAGUUCUGCAAUGCCACCGGCUGUGACUAAUGCUGAUAGACAGACAGGAGAGGAAGAAGGGCGACCUCCUGGUCUGGUUUCAGGGGAUUCCACAAGGCGAAGAAUGUCAGGGCCCAUCACAAACUCUGUAAAUAUUUCAAAGCAGAAAAAUCCAGUCACUACGGAUGCUGCCCUUAAUAAGGAAGCCAUGUUAUCAAGGCCCAAUGUCUUGGGGCAGUCAAGUGGAUCAAGGCGAGCUGCGGUUUCUAGUAGGCGUGAUGCAUUUGUUGGUUCGGAUUUGGAUCUUCGUACUCGUUCUACUGAGGCUAACCCUGGAACAGCAAUUAAAACAUCAUCUGCGAGAAAUGCUUCUCAUGUCAAGAACUAUGAAACUGCAAUCAAGGGCAUUGAGGGUUUGCAAUUAGAAAAUGAUGAGAAGGCACAUUAUUGAUUCCUCACCUUUUCAUGUUGUAAAUAUAAGCUUUGGUUGACGGGCACUACAAUAGUUGCAUGUUGCCAAGGUGAGUCGCGAAGGGACGUGAAUUUGAACUCAGAAGUCUGGGCUUGUGUUGUUUAACCCUUGUGCUCAUGCUGAUCAAGCAUGGAAGCUGAAAAAAUUUGAGCUAAAUCAGGGAUUGUUCUUGCUUCGAAGCUCAGGGUUUACGCUGGCACUAGUCUUCUGGCGGGAACCCUAAAUUUUGUAACCUUUUCCUGUGAGUUAUUAUUGAUUUACCAGAUGUCUAAAGUGUCAUGUGGAUCACAUUGUUCAAAACUAUCAAAUACCAGCAAAAAUAUCUACUCAAGUUUUGGAUAAGACCAAAGUUUCCAAGAUGUUUCUGGAGAUUACUGCGGUAUUUAGGAAUAUUCAAGGUUCUUGAAAUGUUUCUACCUUGUGAAAUUCUUAUAAGCUUGAAUCCUCGUAUUUCUUUAGUUUGUCUUUAAUGUUAUCUCGUAAUAAUAUCUGUAAAUUUUUAUUCCAAUAAUUUGGAAGGUUUUCUUUAAA